UCUCAGCUCGGACAGUUGAGCAGAGCUAGGCCCACCUCUGAGCAACAUGGGUCUCACUCAGGACCCCAACUUUCAGAAGCUGCAGGACUGGUACACAGCCCAUGCUCUGAAUCUCAACUUGAGGCACAUGUUUGAGGCAGAUAAAGACAGAUUCAACAAGUUCAGCCUCACGCUGAACACUGAGGAUGGAGACAUUCUCCUGGAUUACUCCAAGAAUCUCAUCACAGAUGAAGUCAUGAAAAUGUUGAUCGACCUGGCCAAGUCCCGAGAGAUCGAAGCUGCCAGAAAGAAGAUGUUCACUGGAGAGAAGAUCAACUUCACCGAGGGGCGCGCUGUACUCCAUGUUGCUUUGAGGAACCGCUCCAACACUCCCAUCAUGGUUGACGGCAAGGAUGUGAUGCCAGACGUCAACAAGGUUCUGGAGAAGAUGAAGGGCUUCUGUCAUAGGGUUCGCAGUGGAGAGUGGAAGGGCUACACGGGGAAGGCCAUCACCGAUGUCGUUAAUGUCGGAAUUGGAGGAUCAGACCUUGGUCCUCUGAUGGUGACCGAAGCCCUGAAGCCGUAUUCAAAGGGUGGACCCCGUGUCUGGUUUGUGUCCAAUAUUGAUGGGACUCACGUCGCUAAAACCCUGGAACAGCUCAAUGCUGAGACAACCCUCUUCAUUGUUGCAUCUAAGACAUUCACCACCCAAGAAACUAUCACCAACGCUGAGUCAGCCAAAGCCUGGUUCCUUGAACAUGCCAAAGAUAAAUCUGCUGUCGCCAAGCACUUUGUUGCUCUUUCCACAAACGCUCCCAAAGUGAAGGACUUCGGCAUCGACACGGAGAACAUGUUUGAAUUCUGGGAUUGGGUUGGUGGACGUUUCUCCUUGUGGUCUGCAAUUGGAAUGGCUAUUGCCUUGCAUAUUGGAUUCGACAACUUUGAGAAGCUUCUGUCAGGAGCUCACUGGAUGGACAAACACUUCUGUACUGCUCCCCUGGAUAAGAAUGCUCCCGUCCUGCUGGCUCUGCUGGGCAUCUGGUACAUCAAUUUCUUCCACGCUGAGACUCAUGCUAUGCUGCCUUACGACCAGUACAUGCACCGCUUCACCGCCUACUUCCAACAGGGCGACAUGGAAUCAAAUGGAAAGUACAUCACUAACCAUGGAGCACGGGUGAACUACCACACUGGGCCCAUAGUGUGGGGAGAGCCUGGGACUAAUGGGCAGCAUGCCUUCUACCAGCUCAUCCACCAAGGAACCCGAAUGGUGCCAGCUGACUUCCUGAUCCCAGCUCAAACGCAGCACCCCAUCAGAGACAACCUGCACCACAAGAUCCUGCUGGCCAACUUUCUGGCUCAGACAGAAGCCUUGAUGAAGGGUAAGACCACAGAGGAGGCCAAGAAGGAGAUGGAGGCAAAUGGACUGAGUGGGGAGUCUCUAGAUAAACUCCUGCCUCACAAGGUAUUCCAAGGAAAUCGACCAACAAACUCAAUCAUCUUCAAGAAAUUAACACCUUACACUCUGGGAGCGCUCAUAGCAAUGUACGAGCACAAAAUCUUUGUCCAGGGUGUGAUGUGGGAGAUCAACAGCUUUGAUCAGUGGGGAGUUGAGCUGGGUAAGCAGCUUGCCAAGAAGAUCGAGCCAGAACUGAAGGAUGCCGCAGAGGUCCACUCCCACGACUCGUCCACCAACGGACUCAUCAACUUCCUCAAGAAGAAUCUUGCCUGAGUUUAAGAAGCCUAAUUAUUCCUUCUUUUGCUGCCUGUCAUUAUCCGUCUCCUCGGCUCAGGUGUGCCUGGACUGGAGUCUGGCUGAGGCAGCUGGUCACUCCCCCACAGCCGAGCUGAAGCAUGCAUGU